AUGUAUAGCUCAGCAAACAUGAAGAGUGCCGUAUCUUCUGGUUCUUCAUCGGGGAGUGAAAGAGUGAAUGGAAAUGCCGUCACAUCUAGUGGUGGAUCAGAAUUAGAGGACAACAAAUCCAAAACAAAUAGCAGAAUGAGUUGUGCGAGUGAUGACAGCUGUGCUAUCAAUGAGCUAUUGGAGGGACGAAUGGAUUUGACGGUAAAACUACCCAAAAAUGCGAGUCCUGUUGUCAUUAAUGUCGAAAGACGGACUCCAAUGCUCGACCUAUUGGUCAAUAUCUCGACUCAAUAUCGUUUUAAUGCCGCCAAUUAUACCAUCAAUGCUGGCGAACAUGAAUUUAAAGCGAGUACUCCUAUCGGCACUAUAGAUGUCAAUCAAAUUUCAAUUGUUCCCAAACCUGUGAAAAGUAAUUCAUUGAAAAGCAAUAGUCCUUCAGUGAUGCCGUUUCAGACAACAUUCAGAUUACAGGUUAAUUUGCCUCGAAAUCAAUUAAUGGUUUUAAGGGUAACACCCAAUGCAACCAUCGCUGCAAUCAAACAAAUCAUAUGCAGUGAGAAGGCAUUGGAUGCCAAUAAAUACCAAUUGGUCCGCUUUAUCGGCAAUAAUGAGAGCCCGCAUCUGUUGGACCCCAACAAUACACUAGCUUUUUAUACACUCAAUGAAGUGACACUAAUAUCAUGUAAAACUCUAUCGCAGAUAGAGAUGCAAUUCGGAGCCCCGACUGGCGAUGCGGUCGAUAUGUCUCCAAAUACUACCGGUGUUUCAAUCGAGAAGAAUCAAAUGAAUUCAAUGAUCAUAAGCCAAUCAAAUCCAGAUAUUAGGACUUUGGACGACAAGUCAGUAUUAAAUCACACGUCAAGUGGAAAACAGCAAAAGAAACGUCAGGCACCACCGCCUCCACCCGUCCACUCCUCGGCCACACUUCCCAACAGAGUAUUGGCGACAGAAAUGAAUAAAUAUAAAGACGAGAAAAGUAUGACAAUCGGUCCAAAUGACAGAAAUGGUGAUCGAGUGACUGAAACUAUAAUUGAAGCCAAACCUGUGCUAAAAGUACCACAAAAUAAUGUUUCACACAUUCGACAGAAUUCGGGCUCAGAUUCAAGUGGUUAUCACGAGUCGGUGCUCAGCAGUGACUCUCCUGAGUCCACUUCGGCCACAACCCCUCCCACAUCAAGUUCACUGACAACAGAGAUAUCAAAUGUCAAUAAUACUAAGUCAGGCGCUAAGAAACGUCGCGCUCCACCGCCGCCACCAACCACUCAACAGUCACUUCCAGAACCAGUGAAUGCCAUUAAUGGCAGUCAUAAUGAUAUGAGUUUAGAUGAAAGUAAAGGAGUUCUUGAAUGCAUGACUAGCAUGAGUGAUGUCAGUCUUCCACUCUCGACAUCGUCCUCAUUGUCCACAACAAGUGGUACCGCCUCUUCAAUCAACAACAGAAGCCUUUCCCCUAUCGUUGUCACGCAAACCAACGGCUCGUCGACACCACUCAAGAGCCAAACGCCAACUGAUUCCAGAGAGACUUCAAUGGAUUCAGAUUCGGCACUCCAGUCAAUGGUUCCCGAGAUAACCAAAUUGGAUGAUAACUCCAGUCUCUGCGAAUCAAAUGACAAGCAAAACCCUAAUUCUGUGAUUUGCUUGCAAAAUAAAGACAAUGAAAAUGUAAAAGAGUCCGAUUGUGAAGACUCGACACACUUAGACAACAACUCUAUAAAUAGCAGUGAUGUUCAAGAGAAUGGAGAAGUGGUCUCAAGUGUUAGUUCCUCUCAACAAACUAUAGUUAGUAAAGAAGCACACAUUGAAACGCAAGACAUAAAAGUUAGUCCGAGUGUAGAAACCUCUGAAAUCAUUCCGAAAGCAACACAAAUCCAGCUUAAAGUUGAAGUGAAUUGUAUUUCUGCGGCACUUAAUCACGACAAUAGUUUGUCUCAUAAUGAAUGCGAAGCACAGGUUGUGGAAAGGGAUCUAUGCAUUGAUAAUACA